CUAACUGCAAGGUUAUAUCAUAUGUGACAGCUGACAGUGUUGCCAUUCCGUGAGUGUUUGCGCCACGGUGGAUUUUUGUAGGUUAAAAAGUUUGAGGUGCAAGUUUCUUGGAGAAAAUGUAUUCAAGUGAUGAUUAUGAGCAGGGGUAUAGUCGAGAUUACGACUACAAUUACGAUACCGACUAUGGCGGCCACACCGGCGACCCAACCGCGGAUAGCGACUACAGUCGACAGCACUUCAAAAUGCCGGAGCUGGUCGUGAAGUUCCUAAAGUAUUUUUGCGAAUGCGUCCGAGAUCGUCAAGUAUUCGAGCUGCAAAACUUAUACGAGGGUACCUGGCCCAAACUGACCGAGGAGUACUUCGAGAAGAGGCCGUGGCCCGAAGAGACCGACGUUACGGCGCAUGUUAAAAACGAACCGAUUUUCCUAAUUCUAUACAAAGAGUUGUAUUUCCGUCACAUUUACGCCCGAAUUCAGGGGGGACCAACGCUAGAACAGCGCUUCAAUUCGUUCUACAAUUACUGCGACUUAUUCAACUACAUCCUAAGCGAGGCGGAACCGGUUCCCUUGGAGCUUCCGGAAUUAUGGCUGUGGGAGAUUGUGGACGAAUUCGUCUACCAAUUUCAAUCGUUCGCCCAGUACCGCGCGCGUCUCCAGAAGAAAACCGCCCAAGAAUUGGAACAGCUGAAUUCGAGCAAUAAGGUGUGGAACGUACUGUGCGUGCUGAACGUCUUGCAUUCUUUAGUGGAGAAGAGUAAUAUUAAACAGCAAUUGGAGGUGUUUGCUACCGGUGCGGAAUCCGAUUCGGUCGCCGGGGAGUUUGGCCGACACAACUUGUACAAAAUGCUGGGGUAUUUCUCUUUGGUUGGGCUGUUACGUUUACACUCUCUGCUCGGUGAUUACUACCAGGCGAUAAAAGUGUUGGAAAAUAUUGAGGUGCACAAGAAGUCGCAAUUCGCCCACGUGCCCGCGUGCCAAAUUUCGACCUCCUAUUAUGUAGGCUUCGCGUACAUGAUGAUGCGUAGAUACUCAGAUGCUAUACGCACAUUCUCGUCAAUUUUGCUCUACAUUCAGCGCACAAAGCAGCUGUUCGCGACGAAGAGCUACCAACACGAUCAAAUUAACAAGCAGACGGAUCAGAUGUACCAUCUCUUGGCAAUUUGUCUAGUCUUGCAUCCUCAGUGCAUCGACGAAUCCAUACAGCAAACCUUACGCGAGAAGAAUUACCACGAGAAAAUGUACAAGAUGCAGUACGGCGACUUGCAAGAGUUCGAGAAUUGCUUCGUGUACGCUUGCCCUAAAUUCCUGUCGCCUUGCCCUCCGGGGACCGAUUCAAUUCCCGACGAUUUCUCCAAGGAAGCCAUCAAUCACCAGACGACAGUAUUUAUGGACGAAGUGCAACAACAGCGAAUGUUACCGACCAUUCGAAGCUACUUGAAACUGUACACCACUCUGCCCAUCAGCAAACUGGCAACGUUCAUGGCACAAAACCAGCGAAAUAACGACGGGAAAUGGGAUUUGGAUAAGGAAACGCAAUCGCUAAUAAUUCACCUGUUGUGCUUCAAGCACAAGAUGAAGAACAUCGUAUGGUCAAAGGGCGCUUCGGGUCUAGACGGAAACUUUCAUAGCGGCUCAGAGCUUGAUUUCUACAUAGAUAACGACAUGAUUCAUAUCGCCGAUACAAAGGUGGCCCAUCGAUACGGCGAUUUCUUUAUAAGAAAAAUCCUCAAGUUUGAAGAUUUAAAUAGGAAACUUCAUCUUAUUAAGAUGUAAUAAUUAAAAAAAUCUUUUGAUAUGAAGAAAUAAAUAUAAUAACAAUUAACUUGU